AGCUUCGUGUCCGUUUAUUAUCAAAAACAAUACAUUAACUAACUACUAAGCAGUAGCAAUUAAUCAUAAGCACAUAUUUGUUGUUCUUGGGAGGAUACAGUACAAUUCGUUCACUCGUUUUCGCUCGUUGGUCCUGCUCGGCUGCCGUACCGCCCUAUCAGCGUGACUCUGGACAGGCGGUCCAUUGUAAUCAUACACUGGUUGUAAUAGAAAUACUGGCUGUAUUUUAAAGACUUUCCUCUGAGUUGGACUCUAACACCUUAAAAUGAGCUCUUCUGACACGAAGAUCAUCACUGUCAUCGGCAGUGGGCUGAUUGGCCGCUCCUGGGCUAUGGUGUUUGCUAGUGGAGGCUACAGUGUGAAGAUCUAUGACAACCAACCUGGACAGUCUACAAAGGCCAUCGUGGAGAUCAAGAAACAGCUGCAGGAGCUGGAGGAUGCCCAAAUGCUAAGAGGGGAGGCGACGGCCCUCCAGCAGGUCGCUCUGAUCAGCAGCUACGAUGAUCUGUCUCAGGCUCUAGAGGGAGCCUUCUUUGUCCAGGAGUGUGUAUUCGAGCAGCUCGAGGUGAAGCAGAGCAUCUUUCAGGACAUCGAGCGUCUUGUGGGUAAAGAUGUGAUCCUGAGCAGCUCCACCUCCUGCCUGGUGCCAAGCAACGUCUUCUCCAAAGUGCAGAACAGGAGCCGCUGUCUCGUCUCCCAUCCAGUAAACCCACCCUACUAUGUCAAACUGGUGGAGCUGGUACCUCACCCAGAGACAGCGCCGGCCGUUAUGGACACCACCCACACCCUGAUGACCAAGGUUGGCCAGGCGCCUGUCCGUCUGAGAAAAGAGAUUGAUGGCUUUGCCCUUAACAGAGUCCAGGCAGCCAUUAUUGCAGAGUCAUGGAGGCUGGUCCAGAUCUUCCAGAGCUCUCCAUUGAGAAAACCUGUUCCUCUUGACUUAAGUAGGUGGCACCCAAUCAGUACAUUUUGUGCAGAAGAAGAAUCAACAAACACAGAGCCUGAUGGGAAAAACUGGUUAACAGAGAAAGUUGAUGACUACUGUUGUGAUAUCUAUUAGUUUUGAUUAGCGUUUAGGUUGCUACAUUAAAUUUGCUUCAUAGUUCACCUGUCAGGGCUCUGGAACUGAACCUGCUCACUGAGAUUAGUAACUGGGACACUCACUUAAAUGCCCCCACCAGUAAUUUUAGCUUCAUCUUCACUUAUUUUGGUUUGACAAGUCAAAAUGUCUGUUGCGAAAAGUGUCUAUAGAACAUUUUCCUGCCGCCAUUUCUGCGUACAUGAGCUCUGCUGCAACACAAAAUCACACAUAAAAGUCUUGUCACAUGUAAGUCUAUACGCCUGCCAAAAAUGUGACACUUUUGUGAAAUAGUAGCAUUAAAAACACAAGUAGGGAUCAACAUGCUGUGAGGAUUUGGCUUGUAACUGAGGUCCUUUCAGGUGUCCUUGACUGAAUCAGAAUUCUUUGUUUCAAGAGAAGCUUCUUGCUGAACCAAGUGUCCCUGCACUCAAGUGAAAACUCUUGUUAGUUCAGUCGCUACUGAGCCUAAGAAAACAACAACAGUCACUGGGAAUAACUUUUCACUUCUGUGAAUAACAACAUAUGAGCGUAUCUACAGCAGAGGUUCCUCCCCUCCUGACUGUGUUCUGGCUGUAACGCAGCAUUCAUGCAUCCACCAUGUGAAAUUUGUGAUUUCACACAGGCCUGCGGAAGCUGAGACUCAUAUCUACAUGACAUUCCUUAUUGUGCCUGGAUCCACUACCUUGUGAGGCUCCCGUGGAGGAGAAUUAACCCUGAGGGCACCCUUAGGUCCUAGCUGACAAAAAUGCCACAUCGCUGUCAAAGUGUCAAACUUUGCUCUCGCUGGAGCUGCGGCCGAGUUGCAUUGCAGAGCAUCUUAUUGACAGUAAAGCAGGAAUUAUGUUAGAUGCCCAAACAAAGUGACUCUAUUAGAUCUAAAUGACAACAAAGUAUAGUGAAAACAGGAGGACAAAUCAAAUAAUGCAAUAGAAACUGGGCGCUCAUGUGUCUCCUGACAUACAUCUUGUAUAUGUCAAACGAAUGACACAGAAAGGAAUCAUUUCAGCCUUACCUUAGAUAUGUAAGCUAUGGAAAAAACAAAGACAAAGUCUUUGCCACUGACACAUUUUACCACUCACCGUCCAUCGUGUAAGUCGGAUGCUGGCAGCAAUAGUAAACAACAACAUCAAACAAAUACACUCCCAAACAUGGCCUACAUCUCCUCAAGCUUUAAUUAUUCAAAGAGGAACAUGCAUUUUCACAAAGAAAUUAAGUAAAAUGACUUGAAAUGUAAUAAAUGUAUUUUUCUUGUCAUGGUAAAUUUGAAAGGCACCUUCAUGGUUGUUCCAUAUAUGUUUGUCAGAUGACUGAACGUUAAAAUGUCUUUCCUCAGAACUUACAAGGGAAAUAAAUAUUUAAAAAUGACAAAUGCAAGCAUCUGAAUUUAACAAGUUUGUGGCUCAGGACAAACUUGUACUGAAUCUGCAGCAGGAAUUUAACCUGUUUUUCUGCUUCAUUUAUGGUGGAGCAUCAAGACCUACUUCACAGACAGUGUUUUGUCAUCGAACAAAAAGCACAAGUGUAAUUUAUAACAGCCAAUGGUGGCUUGCUCUGCUCCAUAUCCCUCUGCAUGAUUUAGUGUGUCUCUAAAUUGUAACAGAAGUACCCUGACAAGUCUAAGUGUCUGCUGUCAGCCAACCUAUAAAUAUUAUUACUAUUAUUAUUAUCCUGCACAGCAAUAAAUCACCUGGUGUGUUUAAAAAAAACAACAACAGAUGAAAUGUAAAGGGUUGAACCUUUCAUUUAAUCAUUGACCUGCAGAAUACUUUGUGUUUUUGUUUAUUUAAAUUUUACAGAUCUGAUUGAUGCAUCUUUGAGCAGAUUGUGAUUAUCAUCUGCAUGAAUAUUAGGAAAAACCUGUGUGACUGGAAUGAUCAGCCUUUUUCUGAGCUCCGCUUGUCAAAGCUGCUCAACAGGUGAAGCCAGAGAAUUAGUCAUCCUCCGCCUUCGUGGCUCUGCAUGCAGCACGUGACCGGCUCUAAUUAAGUUAUGCUGCCUGUCUAAGAUGUUACUCAGCAAGAAUGUGUUUCCUAAGACCGAUUUUUCAUGACAAACACAGGGCUCUAUUUUUGUCCCCACUGGAGAUCGAGAUAAGAUGUGAAUCUCUGUUGCUGUUUGAGCCGUGAGCAAGUGAACCAGAUGAACCAGUUGACCUGAGCUUCAACUCACUACUCUGCACACUACACUCACAAAAUCACGUUUUAGAUACUCGGUGGUGGGAAUCUAAGAAUUUGCAAGGUUUCACUUUCUAAAAGUCUUCUCAGUUAAGAGAAAUAGAACUCCUGUACCAAUCUGACACUCAUCGACAACUCUUGCCUCCUACAUCUUCGGAUGUGAAUGAAACCAUGAUAAUGGAAUCCUUUUGGCCAAAAUCUAACCCCAAGAAAGGAAUGAACAUACAAUCCAAACUAUUCAAGGCGUAUAUACAGUUCACGUACAUAUACAAAGCCAUCAAUCGAUGUUUCUUGUCUCUCUAUGAAUUUAAAAAGCUUUCAAAAGGUGAUGACUGCCUGUUUUUCUUUGUUUUAUAUUAAUGUAAAUUGUUUAACUUUAGGUCUUGGGAUGUUGAUAUUAGCAGUUUAAGGAUGUUCUAGUGAAUCAUGGUGAGUAUUUUUUAGAUUUGUUUGUGCAUAAUUAGAAAGAAAAUGGACUGUGGGGAAUUAAUUGAUUCUGAUGUCUGUCAUUAUACAAGAAUUCAGGAUCUGAACUCUUAUGUAAAUCCAUGUUCUACUAUUGAUUAAAAAACAGGACUGUGAGCCUGUUUGGUAAUUCAUUUGUUCUUGGUUGCCAUUAAAAACAAAAUACAAUCAAGGGAUGAAUAAUCAGGCAGAUGACGCAUGAAAACCAUAGUGACCUACAUUCUAAUUGCUGGCAUCCAGAUUAUGUGGUACGACAAUCUGCUGAGAUCUGCAAUGAACAACACAUCAGCUGUCAUUUGUACAACUAUCUUCAUCCAGCAUCAGGUCAAGCCACAUCUAGUCUACUUGUAAAGCACAUUCACCAUAACCAAACCUUGACGGAAAUGUGUAUAACACUUUAAAAACGAACCUACACAAUGGACAGACACGGAGAACUACACAAAAUCAGACUAUCUUAGAUUAAAAAAAGACAAAAUAAAAAGUUGUAAGUCUUUAGCAAGGACUUAUAUGUGUAAAAGUUAAAUGAAAAUGCCUUUAAUGGCAGCCUCUGUAAAUCUAGAUUGGUUUUUAAUCUGGUUUUGGAACCAGCAGGAGCAUCUAAUCAGAUGAGGAAAUGCACAAGUUCUGCAGGCUAUGCAUCCAUAAGAAUGCAUCCACAAUGUCUUUGCUGCCAGACAAUGGGAAAAUGCAAAGUUUAGUGUUCCUUUCCCAGUAGAUGUGAUCUUACACUGAGGCCCUCUUUACAGAAGCACUCCCCAACUGCUGUGGCUUUACAUAGUUGUUGAAUAAGAGCGAAUACAUUACAGAUUAAAUCCCCAGGCUUGAUUUCUAAACAUGAAAUUGGCCUGUUUUCUAAACAUUUAAAGGACAAAAGAGCCCAUUUAGUGUUUAGAAAAGCAGGUAUUCACUAGUAGGAUGGAUUCAUUACCUUAGUAUCACUUUUCACUGCUUAAUAAAUUACCUUCAGCUUUGCCAUUUCAUUUUAUGAGAAGGGCUGCAAAAGACAACUAAAAAAGGCAUUUAAACUAUAAAACUAUUUCCCAAAUAUUGCGUUAGGUGACAGCAAGACAGCUGUGACCCAUUGAGGCUUGGACUCCACAUGUCUAAAGGUGUUCUUCAAGUACCAAGACUAAAGUAGCAGAUCCUUUAAAUCCUGUUAAUUGUAAGGCGGAGGUUCCAUGGAUCAGACUGGUAAUUCCAGCACAUCCCACGGAUGCUUAAUGUGAUGAAGAUUUAGGGAAUUUGGAUGCCAAGCCAACACUUUGAACUCCUUGUCACGUUUCUCAAUAAAAUCCUGAACAAUGUGUGCAAUGUGAAAGGAAGCACUUCCUGCUGAAGAGGUGUAGGUGGUCAGCAGCGAUGUUUAGGUUGGGAGUACAUGUCAAAGGAACAUCCAUAUGAUAGCAGGACCCAAGGUUGCCUUUAAUUGUUUUGCCUUCCCACCAAACUACAUCCUGCUACUAUCUCUUUCCCACAUAAUUGGUGAACAUGCACCCAACCGUCCACAUGGUUUAAACUAAUCUGUGAUUCAUCAAACCAAGCCUCCUUCUUCCACUGCUCCAUGAUCCAAUUCUGAAACUCUCAUGGCUAUUGUAGGAGCUUUCAACAAUGAACAGGAGUCUUCACAGAGUGGUUGUUGUGUUCAGACACCUUUGUUUCAUCAAUUUGUGCUCCAGUACCUCUUCUGUUGGUUCAAACCACAUUCUCUAACUUGAACCUUAGGCAUCCAUGAACCUGUCACUUGUUCGCUGUUUGUCCUGACCACUUUUGGUAGCCACUGUACACCAAGAACACCUGACCAAAUCUGCCAUUUAUAGAGAUAUUCAGACCCAGUCAUCAUGUCGUCACAAUUUAGCUCUUUUCAAAGUCAAUCAGAAGCUCACGCUGCCCAAGACCUGACAGUUCAUUUGCUGCCUGAUAUAUUCCACCCCUUGACUGUAACGAGAUUAUCAGUUUUAUUCACUACACCUGUCAGUGGUUUUAAUGUUGUGGCUUUAUGUUGUAUUGUUGUAUACUUACAAUGUUGCUACAUCACAGACCUUAGGGUACCUGAAAAUAGUGAACACUGUCCUCUGCCGACCUGUAUUAAGCUUUGUAAUACUCUUUCAUGCAGUCAUGUAAUAGGAGGACACACCAGAGUUCACAAUGCGGUUUAAUUUGACACACUCCUCAUUUUUUUUUGUUUUUUUGGGUGACGUAGAACAGCUUGUACACUUGGUAUCACUCACCUGAGGCACUGUUAUAAUUGGAACCCUUAACAAUGACACAGUGGAAAGAACUAAUCACUGAAAAUGAAUGGUAUUUGAGGAGACACUUAAGUUGAACCAAGCUCUUCCUCCUCGGCGUUAUCAAUAAAAAUGUACUAGAAACAAGCAGAACAGGUACAGAAUUAUGUGCAACAUCUUCUGGUACCUGUGAGCUAGGUCACAUAGACUUCUGACAGUGAAGUUCUGAACCCUGACACACAAAUUUGAACUGUUUACUAACCGCAAACAUUGCUGAAGUAUUGAGUCCACAAGAGAAGAAAGUGUAGGUCUUUUCCAGAGAGAGAAGUUUGAAUUGCCACAGUAAGAGAGGCACAGGUAAAUAUCAAGAUCAGACAGAUACAUUUUACUUAGAUGAAUACGUUUUAGUGUAUUAGUAAUUUCAACUUAUUGGGACACUUGAAUAACACAGUCAUUGAGACAUCCAAACUUCUGUUCAACUGCUGUCAGAAACUCAAUGCAAUUUGUCUUCAAUUUACAUAUUUUAAAGCCCUUUGGAAUUGUGAUAAGAAAAUGAAUGAACUAAUUAGCAAACAUGACUUGAAACAAGGCCUCAACAGUCGAGCUGAAUCUAAAAAAUAAAAAGUGCCUAUGAAUGACUUGGUAGUGGAGGGUGGGUAAAAUCCAUCUUCCAACAGCAACAGAUCUCUCUACAUUAUGGCACAGAUACACAAGUUCUGUAGUUAAGUUUGGACAAGACAACCAUGAGCGUCUUUGUUUAAACUAAUCCCAUUUCCCAUUAGGUGUCAUUUUUACUGUUAGAAGUUUUUGUUUGUUUUUCGUCAGUUGGAUACGACAGUUAGCAAAUUAAAUCUAAAAACGUCUCUUAAAAACUAAAACCGCCUUAAAAUUAAUCUCAGUUCAUCUGAAAAUGGGUCAGAUCAGUCACCACACUAACACCACUGAUGAGUGAAGUGAAUGAGUCAUUCUUUUGUGAUGUUUUGGCGGCAUCAAGAUAACCUACAUCAACCCAGUUAGAUGGGGUGGGAGUCAUCACCCUGAUAACUCAGAAAGUGUAGUGAAGAGGUUUUCUUCUUUUUUUAACUUAUUUUUUUGGCCUCUUUUAGAUAGGUGUAGUGGAGAAAGACAGGAAAGGAGGGAGAAGAGUGGGGGGAAGACAUGCAGUAAAGGGCCAUGAGCGGGAAACGAACCCAGGCCGCUGCAUCGGGGACCAGCCCCUGUACAUGGGUCGCCGGCUAAACCCAUUGCGCUAUCUGGGCGCCAAAAAGGUUUUCUUACCUCUAGAACAAGUUAUAGUUUCACUUUGAGUAUCUAUUAACCACACAUUUGCAUUUUUCAGUCGUAUUAAAGUUUAUAUGAUGAUACAGAAGAGCUAUUCUCCACUAGCCACUGGUUUACCAGCAAGUAUUCAUUCCAUCACCAGUAAACUCCAGUCAGUAAAAAUGCUCCUGCUUCACUGUGCUGUUGUCUGUUAUGGCCAAACACUAAUUUAAAACUACUCCUGUCAGUGCAGAACUUUCAUCAGGGUGUAUAAAAAUUUUUCUUAAUUACUGUACACUCCCUACUCUAACCCUAGAACCAGUAUGCACAGUAAAAGAUCAUGACGUCCAAUAUGACCCAUCAGGCCUUCAGUCUGACAGUGACCUUGUGAUCCUUGUUACAUAACCAGGGCCUUCCCUCACUCUCUGAACACACAGAAAAUGGUCCUUGAGUCGAGGCCAGCGUUGGAAAGCAGAGUGGCUGAGAAAGCAGCCCGUUGCCCCCAGUGAUUACAGUGGAGAAGAGACCCCACCCGCCAGCCCACUUUACUCAGAUAACAGGCUCGUUGUUGGACACAGGACCCAAACAAAGACGACCCUGUCCCUCUCCUCUUGCUCACCCUGCUCUCUGUAUCCGUAUCCAAGCUUUGAUUUCCACCGUGGUCGGCCAGCAGGUAUCUAUCUGAACCACAGAUACCUGAACCACUCCCUCUGUCUCCCCUUCCAUCCGUCCCUCCAUCCUCCAUCCACAUAAUCCUGAGGACACAGAAUGGGCUGAUUAGGGAAACUUUAUCUGGGGGGAGUAGUCUGAUGGGAUCAAAGGGAAUUUGGUUUAUCCAAAACACUAGGAGGUGAAAAGCCACAACUUUGAUGCAGUGCCAGGGAAAAUAUGUCCUUACAUGCUCAGACUUUAAUCUGACCUGCACUCUGUUUGUUGGUGGUGGCAUCACCAUCACUGAAUACUGAAAAAUUAAUCAACACUGAUCUGUCAGAUCUUCAAAAUGUUUUGACAAACCUACUGUAAGAACAUCUACAUCUAUUGACUAAUUUAAGCUCAAUUCUGAGUAAUGAGCUAUCCAACUCUUUUUC